GUAUCAAUUGCUGUGUCAGAAGAGAUUGCAAAGUUAAAUUAUGAAUUCGCCAUGUGCAUAUUCAAACCACGGUAGCUGAAGAAUCUUUAAACAAAGUUUCUAAAUUGACUUCUGCAAUUGGAAGGAAAUUUCAUAACUCCGCCAAUGAGAAUGGACACAAACUGUUCGAUGAAAGUACCCUCUUUAUAAACCAACUCACAUCUCACUCACAGCAUCACCUCAAUCCAAUUCAACAGAAAACAUGGCAGCUUCCAACGACGGUGGCAACAAAUACCGAUCCUACCUGACCCCAGAGGAUCUCAAGACCACCCAAUGGAGAGCUGCACCUCCCGAUUACACCGUCAUCGAUAAGUUCUUCGAAGAAGGCAGAACCAAUGUAUGGCCAGCUGGAUCAUUGGAAGAGUACGUUCAGCAUCUUGUCAAGACAUGGGAGAUGGAGUUGGUACAUAAGGCCAAUCCAGAUCAGUACAAAACACUUGAUCCCAAAAAAUUUGUCCUUGGCAUCAAUGGGAAGAAGUAUUUCACUUUGGAGGAAACUGGGAAGAUUGGGGGAAGCUACAAUGUGUUUCUCCAGACAUCACUGCCACCGAAGCUGAGAUUCUACGACCCUGAUCAGGAGACGUAUGAGUCGUCCCAGACAGCGUUCAGGCAAGUUUUCCCACGAGGAUUCGCUCUAGAAGUCGUUCAAGUUUACUCGGGGCCUCCAGUGAUUGCAUACAAGUAUAGGCACUGGGGUUACAUGGAGGGAUCUUACAAAGACCUCCCUCCAACAGGGGAGUUGAUUGAGAUGUUUGGAAUGGCCAUUUUCGAGUUGAAUGAAGAAUCGAAGAUUGUGAAGGUUGAGUUCUUCCAUGACCGGGGCGAACUGUUGGCGGGCCUCCUUAAGGCCAAACCUUCGGAGGGCAUUGCAACGCCCUCCGGCUGCCCCUUCAUGGCUUGAGGAGAAAAAUGAUGUGUUUUUCUUUUUUUUUUUUUAAUGGAAUGAAUUUGGAAAUAUGUGGGGGAAUGUGUAUGUGUGUUAGCUUUUGAAUAAAUUUUUCAAUCGGGAUUAGUCUUGUAUUCUUCAAUUUGAAAAUGGAAAUCUAAUUUCUUGCAUA